CUCUGUGUCAGUCCGUCACGCACAUUCGCGACGUAUUCGUGUCUGUCUGUCUGUCCGCCGCAUCCAUCCAUCCAUCCAUCAGUGGUCCCCCAUUGACUCACACGCCUGCACAACACGUACACACACCGAGCACGCCAUCAGCCAUCAACACACGCCCUGCCUCUCUGUGUAUCUGCACCUGUCUCGUCCGUUCGCUUGUUCAUGCCGUCCUCUUGUGCUGUUUGUUGUGUGUGGCGCCUCUGAAGCUCAUCUCUGCCUGCGUGGGCGGCGUGGCGUGGUGUGCGGCCGCGCUGCGGACAAUGACGACCGGCCCGCCAAACGGCACACUGACGGGCGCGGGCGGCUGCUGCUGAGCUGCCGGAGCCGCCGCCUUGCCAGCAGCCUGGCCGGGGAACCUGUUGAUUGAUUGAUUCAUCCAUCAGUCGACACACGUGAGACACACACAGAGAGAGAGGGGGGGAGGAUUGUGUUGUGUGAUGUGUGGUGUCUGACUGACUGGAGUUGGAGGUUGACUGCGUUUUCCGCGCCGCUUUCGAUGUGUUGGAGUUUGUCCUGCGAGGCCUUGAGCGCCGACUGCAGCGCCGACCUGUCGUUCAACACUGACACACACACACAUACGUAAGGAGAGAGAUGGAUGUGUGGCUGGCAUGUGUGUCUGUCUGUGUGUGUUACCCUUUGCGGGUUGUGCGUUGAGUCUGUUGGUUUGUUCCUGAAGUGUUGCCACUCCGACCUGAGCCGCACUCAGCUGAGACUCAGCUGCCGACGACACAACGCCAAAUAUCACACACACAGCCACAUGUGAGUGUCUCUCCCUCUCUCUCUGUGUGUCUCUGUCUGUGUCACGUUGUGUCUGUGUGGCUGCCGCCGCGCCCUCUUCCUCCUCCUCCUCCUCCUCCUCGGUCGGCACACCACCCACUGCUGCUGCGGCUGGUGCUGGUGGCUGUGCGGCUGGCGGCGCCAUCAUCGGAGCGGCGGCUUGAGGCUGAGGCACACCAAUGGCACUCCCCAACACACCCUCCAGACCUCUGAAGACACACAGAGAAAGAGGAUUAAUUCAUCGGAUGUCUGUGUGAGUGUCAUUGUGGUGCUCACGGGAUGAGUGCGUGCGAUGGCGUGCAGACGACAGCCGCGACAGUCACCAGCCAAAGCAGACGAGCAGCCGACGUCAUAGUGACUGUGACUGUGGUUUGAUUGAUGUCGUCGUGGGCCAAGCAGACACCAAGACAGAGACAGUCAGAUGUUUGUCAAUGUCACUGAGACAAUCAGAGCGGGGCAAUGUGCGUGUGAGUGUGUCUCUGUGUUGCCUUUGUCCGUUUGUUUGUGUGCAUUCGUAUGCUCAUACGUCACAUCGACCGACCGACCAUCCUUAAUUGAUUCACUGAUCAGUGAGUGUUUCGAGACCGUCGCUGCUGACUGUCGUGUGCUAACGUGUCUCUCUCACCCACACACCACGCACAACGCACGACGCAGACUAACCGACAACCAACAAGACAGGCGCAUGCAGGCCCCCACACCACACACACAAAAUCGUGGCCACCAUACCCCCGACAACCGUCCGUGUGUGUCUCGAGCGCGUGUGUCUGCAGCCAGGCAGGUAGCUACCGUGUUGCAUGCCUCCCCGACGGGUAACGUGUUGAUGCUGACGGUAUCAUCCACCGGCACCAAGCCGUUAGCACUCGCAGAGGCAUACACCCACGGUAACAAAGCGCCCACCAUAUCACACUGAUAUGGGAGGUGUGUGUAAGUGUGUGUGUGUGUGUGGUGUGUCUAGCAGCUCGUUCCGCGACUCGUCAGAGAGAUAUCAGCCAGAGAGCCAUACACACGUACAAGCAGACACGAGAUCGAUCUCUCUACGCGUAACUGCAUUCAUCCAACAGACAGGGCGUUGUGUCCGUCCACAGCCACACCACGGCCACCACCAAAGCCACCCACCAACCCCACACGCCACACACACGAUCGUUGCCGGUUCCGUGUCGCCAGAAUGGUGUGUGUGUGUGGGUGUGCAGGUGCGUGCAGAGUGACGAGAGAGACAGAGAGAGAGAGAGAGAGAGAGAGGACAGCAAAGAGUUUUGCCAGUCCGUCAUUCGUCUCAUGUCGAUGGGUGCAGUGGCAGCGGGAAGCAGAUGAGAUGGCUCUGCAAAACUUGGCUGGAUGGAUCAGUGGACGGAUGAAUGGUGGAUGGGAUGCGCCAGACAGAGACAGACACAGGAUGAGCGAGACGAAGGAGAAGAAGAAUCAGAGGUGGUGAGUGUAGUGUGCUGUUUGAAAAGCAAUAUACAAAACGACGGCAUCCAUGAUGUGUCCCUCCACACAUGCUUCGAGAUAAGAUGCACAGCAGCAGCAGCAGCAGCAAGAGAACCAGAAAUAUGGCACCAACAGAAACUAGCUAGGUAGGAAAGUGCCGGGUUGGUCAAAAUUGGCUGGCUGGUUGCACGACGAACGAAUGAACCAAUGACGGCCGGUCAGCCGAUGGAUGGCGCAUUCACACACACACACACACACACACACGGCGCCGGAAACGCAUGUUGUGUGUGUCCAUGGGGAAAGAAAUGAAGGCAGGCUGGCAGGCAGGCACUCCGUGCGUGUGUGCAUUCAAGAGGCCUCUCACCAGGGCGGGCAAGCGAUAGGUGCAAAAUUGACCCGCCCGGCAGUCGGCCCCUUGUUCUGUCUGUUUCGUCUUGUCUCUGCUAGUGCGUCGUCUCGUCGCGUGGAUGUGUGUGGCCUCUCUCUUUCUCUCUAGCUAUGGAUCGGUCGGUCGGGCAGUCGGACAGUCUACGUACACCACAGACACCACAGACAAGACACACUCACAGCCAGGCAGCCAGGCCCCACCGCCACCACCCACCACCCACCAUCCCUCCAAAACACCCCAGGCACGUUUGAUAGACACUUAGUUGGCCGUUUGAAUGUCGUAUGGACAUCCCACCACGGCCCGCCUGGAAGCAGGAGGGGGGAGAGAGAGGGAGGGAGGAGGAACCUCUUGCACCCACCCACACACACACACACAGAGCAGUACGGACACACCAAUGCAGACAGACAGACAGACAGACAGGGAGGGAGGGAGAGAGCGGCCGGUCGGACGGACAUUAGAUAGGGGCAGGCAGGCAGGCAGGCAGGCAGGUCACUCGAAUUAGGAGGUAAGCAAGGCAGACAAACCAGAGAGUGUCUACGUGUUUAUGAAGGUAUGGACGCAUCCAUGGCAGGCUUGCAGGCAGGAAGUGUUCAGAUGAGUCAGGUAGUCAGUUACUGCGGUACGUACCCCCACACCACACCAUGCCACCCCACCAAAACCCGUCCGACCCAUCCGCCCACGUGUUGCUGCAACCAACACACCAAUAACGUCGUUGCUGCUGUGCCCUUAUAUGAUACACCUCACACAUACUAGACAGACAGACAGACAGACGGCAGACAGACAGACAGACGGACAAACCAUCACCACACCAGAACAGCCGCACACACACCGACAGAGUGACAGGCAAAGUUCUUUGUGUAUGUGUGGCUGCCAAAGACUUUGCGAGCGCCGAGCGGCCACGUCAUUUUGGCAGGGGAGGGGGUGGGAGGGGAGGGGAGCUUCCUGUCUGCCCGCCCGCAUAUAUGGACCAUUGUGUGCUACGUCGGCCAAUAUACGAGAAAAAGUCGGAGGCCGAUAGAGAUGAUUCGAUGGAUAGGCCUGAUCUGCUAUGCUAUGCUAGCACCAUGGAAGUACUUGCAUCCCUCGGUCUCUCUCUCUCUCUCUCUCUUACUCGUCCGCUCGGUCGGUCGCUCUCCAAGGCGGGCCGGUAGGCCGCUGUAAAAGCACAUCUGAAUAAGAGAAUUGCGUGGACUCUCUCUCUCUCGCCUAUCUCUCCCUGUCUCUCUGUGGAAGUCUGUCUGUCUGUCUUUCUGGGGGUGGGUGGGUCAACGACAAGGAACACUCAGUCAGUGGUCAGCCAGACGUCUCUCCACAUCCCAUACACCCACGCCAUCCACACACACAUUCAGACACCUGUACACCAACCACAACAGGUCGCCAGCCAGCCAUCCGACGCAUCAGCCAUCCAGCCCGAAGCAGCAAGCCAACCACCGAGUCAGCCAUGAGAUACCGCCCGCCUGCCUUCGCCCAUCCACCCCACCAAACGUCAGGCACCCAGUCAGUCGGCCAGUCCGUCCGUCGCGAGUCGCCCCUGUUUGAUUUCUACAGGUUCGAGACAACCAGCCGCACAGCGCUAGCUAGAGCAUCCAGCAGCCACGCACGGACACACAGCGAGACGGACACCUGACUGGAUGACUGGAUGACGCAGAGAGGGACGGACAGAAGGACAGGCAGGGCACACAGAGGGAGGGCCUGGCUGUGAUGGGCUAACUGGGCUGGCUCACACACGAGAGAGGUACGACGAAGGCAAAGGAAGAUACAGAUGGAGAGGCACACGACAGAAGGAUGACCGGCCAACUGUCUGCAAAACCCCUCCGACCGUCGGUCAGAUCGGACAGAUAUCCGGUAUAUAGACAGAAAAGUAUGCAAGCGCAUCGCGCACAAGAAAGAUAGGCCACAGAGUUUCCUCCACGCCAAUACGCCCUUCGACCAUUUACGCGACCGACCGUGCGACACAUACAGACAGAGAGAGAAGAGCAAGAGAAAGAGAAAGAGACAAGAAAGUUCCGUUUUAGGUCUGUCCGCUCGCCGUGCAGCUACCUUUUCACACACCUCUGUAUGUGUCCAUGCAGUGGUCAAACAAACGCGCCUAUGGCGGGCAAAGCAGAAAGGAAACAGAAAGUGCUGUCUGUGAGUGGUGCAUGUGAAAAACACCGAAAGCAUAUAUACACACACACACACACAUCAAAAGGCGAACAGAAACAAAAGAAGCGGCUAAAAAAAUCCCGCCAGAAACGAACACAGCGUGUAAGGAUGAUGCAGGGAGGGGGGGCAGCAUCUACACAUCCAUCCAUCCAUCCAUCAGGUCAUGUAUCGCAGACAGAGAGGAAGGCACGUGCACUGUGUGUGUGUGUAUGUGUGUGUUCUCACUGAUAUAUUCACCCACGCACUCUCACGUCAACAAAUGGCGGGGGCCAGCCAGACAGGCAGGGAGAGGGAGGUAGGGAGGGAGAGACGGAUGGCCAGCAGAAGCAGAGGUCGGGGAGAAUGCAUCAGCCAGCG